GGCCAGGCGGAAGAGCAUCAUGAGCGGACAAGUCGGGGACCUGAGCCCACAGCAACAGGAGGCCCUGGCCAGGUUCCGGGAGGCCCUCCAGGAUGUGCUGCCAGCUCUGCCCAAGGCUGAUGACUACUUCCUUCUGCGCUGGCUCCGAGCUCGGAACUUUGACCUUAAGAAGUCAGAGGACAUGCUCCGGAAGCAUGUGGAGUUCCGGAAUCAGCAGGACCUGAACCACAUCCUUACGUGGCAGCCACCAGAGGUGAUCCAGCUCUAUGACUCAGGUGGUCUGUGUGGCUAUGACUACGAAGGCUGCCCUGUGUGGUUUGACAUCAUUGGGACAAUGGACCCCAAGGGGCUCCUGAUGUCUGCCUCUAAGCAGGACAUGAUCCGCAAGCGUAUCAGGGUCUGUGAGCUGCUUCAGCAUGAGUGUGAGCUGCAGAGUCAAAAGUUGGGCAGGAAGAUUGAGAGGAUGGUGAUGGUGUUCGAUGUGGAAGGGUUGAGCCUGAGGCACCUGUGGAAGCCAGCGGUGGAAGUCUACCAGCAGUUUUUCGCCAUCUUGGAAGCAAAUUAUCCUGAGACAGUGAAAAAUUUAGUUAUUAUUCGAGCUCCUAAGCUUUUCCCAGUGGCCUUCAACCUGGUCAAGUCGUUCAUGGGUGAGGAGACACAAAAGAAGAUAGUGAUUCUGGGAGAUAACUGGAAACAGGAGCUCCUCAAGUUCAUGAGCCCUGACCAGCUGCCUGUGGAAUUUGGGGGAACCAUGACUGAUCCUGAUGGUAACCCCAAGUGCCUGACUAAGAUCAACUAUGGAGGCGACGUGCCCAAGCACUACUACCUGUGCCGGCAGGAGAAGCCGCACUAUGAGCACACAGUGGUGGUGGGCCGAGGCUCCUCCCACCAGGUGGAGAAUGAGAUCCUGUUCCCAGGCUGUGUGCUCAGGUGGCAGUUCUCCUCCGAGGGCGGCGACAUCGGCUUUGGGAUCUUCCUGAAGACCAGGAUGGGGGAGAGGCAGAAGGCCGGGGAGAUGGCAGAGGUGCUGCCCAACCAGCGCUACAAUGCCCACCUGGUGCCUGAGGACGGGAGCCUCACCUGCGUCAAGGCUGGAGUCUAUGUCCUGCGCUUUGACAACACCUACAGUCUUCUGCACGCCAAGAAAGUCGGCUACACUGCAGAGGUGCUGCUCCCAGACAAGGCCUGUGAGGAGAAGCUGCAGGGCCUCAGGGCAACAAGCCCUCCUGGGGACCAGGAGGACACUGGCCGCCUCUGACCCUGCUCCACCCAACUCCUUCAUGCCCCCCUGCCC